AAUUGUACAUCCUCUUCCCAAAUACUCGUCCCCACCCCAACUCUCUUUGCCCGUUGCGGAAACCCCAAGAAAGGCGCAAAAGGGGAGCACCAAAUCCCGACCCCAAUUCCUCGAUUCCGAUCCCCCCUUCUCUUCUCGACGCGGGGUUGGUCGCAUCGGCGGCGGCGAUGUCAUGAAGGCGGCGGCGGCGGCGGCGGAGGAGGAGGAGGAGGUGGCGGAGGAGGAGGUGGAGGAAUGGCGAGGGGAGUGGUAGAGUGGGGGAGAAGAGGAGCGAAGUGGUGCUCCUAUAGGAGGAUCACCAUUACGGUGUGCUCCGUGAACCUCUUCGUCGCUCUCUUCGUCCUACGCUCGCUUUACUCCUCCCUCUACGUUGGCGAUCCCUUUCCAGAAAAUAAGCAUUCGGAUGAUCCGAUUAAGAGGAUAGAGGAGUCGAUUCGGAUUCGUAAAGCAGCCGAGCCUGUUGAGCUCGUUAAAGUGGUGAGGAAGCUGAGAAAAGAAGCUUAUAGAGAAGAGAAGAGGAAGGGCAAAUUGCUACCACUACCUGUGAAGCAGAAGCUGACCAAUGAGAUUCUGCAGAGGUUGAGGAGUUUGAAGGAUAGAGAUAAUGCUACUGAACAAAGAGCAGAAGCAGUGGAAUUGUGGCGUGCUGAGAAACUAAGAGAUAUUAAGAUGGCAUCAAGGAAAAGGUCAUCAAAUUCCAGCAUUCCUGCCCAGGAAGCAAAAAUGUUGAAACGUGCGUUGGGGUCCAACUGGCUUAUGUUUAUGGAGGACAUUGGUCUUUGGAUGCCAGCUGGUGUUACAAAUACUGAACAUGAUGACAAGCCUGCAAAUGAGCCUGAUGAAGAGGAGAUUAUACCUGGUCAACCACUGCCUCCCGAAUGCCAUGCCGAGCUCCAUACUGAUUAUGAUGGUGCUGCUGUUAGAUGGGGCUUGACACACCACAAGGAAAGUGCUGCUGACUGUUGUCAGGCUUGCCUAGAUCACGCUAAGCAAGCUAAGCCAGGCGAGAUGAAGUGCAAUAUUUGGGUCUAUUGCCCUUCGGAAUUCGGUUGUUAUUCACCGGAUAUCUAUGAACACAAACAUCAGGAGUGCUGGCUGAAACAGGCCGAGAAGCCUCGAUUGAACUUCAAAGACAAAUAUUCCGAGAGGUACAGAAGCUCUCACCCCACAGCUCCUGUCGUCGUACCAUGGAUCUCAGGCGUUGUUAGCUGAGUUCCGCCUCAUUUUUUUUUUUUCCAUUCAUAGUUGCCAAGUGCCCGAUCCUCGUCCGAGGCAUUAGUUUUGCAUUAUGUUGCAAUAUUAUCAUGUCGAGCUACCAAAUUAUUAUUUUCACGAGCAGCGCCACCGCCCGAUCCUCGCGCAGCAUUUUUGGUCACCAGAUGCCAUUGAUGUCAAAAAAAAUAUCUUAUUUCUUGCCCUUGUAUAUUUUAGCAUCGACAUUAAUAUUCUUCUCAUAACUGGUUAAAUGUUUGUUCGAGGGGAGGCUUGUUAAGCUGCAGAACAUGUUGAGAUACUGAUGGUGAUGCAUUUAUCAUGGUCAAAUAUCGUAUUGGCUGUUUUGAAUGGCUGAGAUUUGCUGAUUA